GGCACGUGGGGGAAAGAACCAAGAGUUGGUAAUUCUUGGGGAAUUCGUGCGAGUCGACAAUCUCGCCGACGCGCUAGACCUCAUGGUUUCUAAUUGUUGCCGGUUUUUAUCGUUAAUAUUAAAAAUUGGUGGGUUUUCAUAUAAAUUGUUGUAAUACAAAGUGAAAAAUGUUGGUCUUAUUUGAGACAGCGGCAGGUUACGCGCUGUUUAAGCUUCUGGAUGAAAGCAAAUUAAAAGAAGUUAACAAUUUGUACCAUGAAUUUGAUUCACCCGAGUCGGCAGGAAAAAUUGUGAAGCUGAAACAUUUCGAGAAGUUCAAUGAUACCACUGAAGCCCUGGCUGCCACGACUGCAGCCGUCGAGGGCAAAGUCUCGAAAAGCUUGAAGAAGGUGCUGAAGAAGCACAUCGACCAAGAAUUGCAGGACAAGCUGCUUGUGGCCGACGCCAAGUUAGGGUCUGCCAUUAAAGAGAAGUUCAAUUUACAAUGCGUUUCGAAUACAGCUGUCCAGGAGCUGAUGCGGUGCAUUCGGUCGCAAUUGGACAGUUUGAUAACGGGGUUACCUAAGAAGGAAAUGACCGCGAUGGCGUUAGGUUUAGCUCAUUCCUUAUCACGGUACAAGUUAAAAUUCUCGCCUGAUAAAAUUGAUACAAUGAUAGUCCAAGCGGUUUCGUUGCUUGAUGACCUCGAUAAAGAACUCAACAACUACAUAAUGAGGUGCCGCGAAUGGUACGGUUGGCACUUUCCCGAGCUUGGGAAAAUAAUCACUGAUAACGUUGCGUUCGUCAAAACUGUUAAAAUCAUCGGAACGCGUGAUAACACCGCCAGUUCUGACCUCUCCGACAUUCUCCCCGAAGAAAUUGAGGAGAAAGUCAAGGAGGCAGCUGAAAUAUCAAUGGGUACUGAGAUAUCCGACGACGAUAUUUUAAACAUUCAGAACUUGUGCGACCAAGUUGUAGAAAUUUCCAAUUAUCGCACCCAGUUGUACGACUAUUUGAAGGCCCGUAUGAUGGCGAUGGCCCCAAACCUGACAACGUUGGUUGGGGAUUUGGUGGGCGCUCGUUUGAUUUCGCACGCUGGGUCUUUGAUAAACUUGGCCAAACAUCCGGCCUCCACGGUGCAGAUUUUGGGGGCUGAGAAGGCGCUAUUCCGAGCCCUCAAGACCAAGAAAGACACCCCGAAGUACGGGUUGAUCUACCACGCCCAGUUAGUGGGGCAAAGUAGCACCAAAAACAAGGGGAAAAUGUCUCGAAUGUUGGCGGCUAAAGCAGCCCUCGCAACUCGAGUCGAUGCUCUAGGCGAAGACGGGAAUUUCACGCUUGGGGCGGAGCACAAAGCCAAGUUGGAAGCACGUCUUAGAAUUUUGGAAGAGGGGAAUUUGAGGAGAAUUAGCGGGACGGCGAAAGCCAAGGCCAAGUUUGAGAAAUAUCAAGGGGUUUCGGAAGUUCAGCAGUAUCCUGCUGCUGCCGACUCGACGUUACCUUCGACUUCGAAGAGGAAGAGGUCAGAGUCGGAGCAAGUGAAGGAGGAGUUGAACACGACUCAGGAGACUCCCAAGCAGAAGAAGAAAAAGGUCAAGACGGAUGAGACCAAUGACAGUAUCAAGGAGGAGGAUGAGGACAGUGGUGAGGGCCAGAAGAAGAAAAAGAAGAAGAAGAAGGCGAAAGAGGAAGCGGAGGAAGAGGUGGAAGCGGAAGUUAAGGAAGAACCUGAGGUGACGCCUGGGAAGAAAAAGAAGAAGAAGAAGUCCGAGAGCGAAGCUCCGCCUGAAGUUGUUGAAGAGCCAACAAGUGGAAAAAAGAAAAAGAAGAAGAAGAGCAUUUCCAAGGAAGAUGAAUAAUUUAGCGGAAGGUUUUUUAUUUUUUACAAUAAUAGACAUUCUUAUUAUUAAGGUGCUGUUAUACAACAGCGGUGUAAUUUGCUUUGCAAUAGACUAAAAACAAACAAUAAGAAA